AUGCCUCCAUUGUCUAUUGCGAAGUCCAUCGUUGCCAGGCCUUGGUUACAGCGCGUCCUCGGCCCUGUAGCCAACAGGUACGCUGAUCUCGCUGGAUACCGUCAAAUCGGACUUGUCGCCGAUGACUUGAUUAUAGAAGAGACCGAUGUUGUUCAACAGGCGAUCAAGAGACUGCCCCCUAAGGUUGCCUACGACCGUAUGUUCCGUAUGCGUCGUGCUGUACAGUGCUCGGUUGCCCACCAGAUCCUGCCAAAGCAGGACCAGACAAAGCCCGAGGACGACGUCCCCUACUUGUCACCCUACAUCGAAGAGAUUGAGGCCGAGUUGAGAGAGAGGAACGAGCUCGACUCGUUGGCAAAGGCGAAGUAA